AUGGUUGCCACCGAUAAGCCUACCAUAGCACCUCAAGAGACGGCUAUAUUACCCCCGGCGAGUUCGCCAGCUCCUUCUCCCCCAAACGGUGGUUUUGCAGCAUGGGUGGGUGUGUUUGCUGGCUUUCUCUUGUUUUUCACCACCUGGGGCUUUUCGACGGCCUACGGCGCCUUCCAACACUUUUACCAGACGGAUCUCUUAAGAGAUAGUUCACCGUCACAGCUAUCGUGGAUUGGCACUGUUAAUGCCUUCUUUCUGAUUUCCACUGGUGUUAUAGCUGGCCCACUGUUCGACCGGGGUUUCUUAAUUCAUCUUAUGGUCGCCGGAUGCUUCUUGACUACGCUUGGUCUUAUGAUGUUAAGCCUUUCUCAAAAGUACUACCAAGUGCUCUUAUCCCAGGGAUUCUGCUGCGGAAUCGGUAGCGGGCUCAUCUAUGUGCCUGCCCUGUCCCUAGUGUUAACCAGCUUCACGAGCCGCAAGGGUAUUGCCCUCGGCCUGGUGACCUGUGGUGCCAGUAUUGGCGGAGUUCUAUUUCCCAUUAUCUUCAUACACUUGCAGCCUCAGAUCGGCUUCCCCUGGACGGCGCGAGUAAUGGGGUUCAUCCAACUGGGCUGUUCAUGUAUCGCGGUUCCUCUGCUGAUGGCGACCACUAAGCCGAAACGCAGUUCCCCACGACAGCUAAUCCAUUGGGGUGCGUUCAAGGAGUGGAGCUUCAAUGCCUGCGGGGCCGCUAAUUUUCUCAUGUUCAUGGCCUAUUUCGUACCGCUGUUUUAUGUACCUUUCUUUGCCUCGCAGGUCCUCGAGACUUCGACAGAAAUGAGCUUCUAUCUCGUGUCAAUCUUGAACGCCGGCUCUGCCGUGGGCCGUUUAGGGUCAGCGUUGUUGACGCAACGACUAGGCGCUGGCUUGAUCCUGAGUGUCAGUGUGACCACAUCGGCAGCGUUGAUUUUGGGUUGGAUUGGCGUCAAGACGCAGGCCUACUUCAUCACGUUUUGUGUAUUAUUUGGCAUCUCCUCCGGAGCUCUGAUAUCAGCAAAUCCUUUGGUGAUCGCGCACCCCGUUGUCUCACCCACUCCGGCGAUGAUUGGGACCCGUAUGGGCAUGCUGUGGUUUACAGCGAGCUGGGGGUGCUGA